CCGCCGUUACCGACCCCAAAACCCCCCGAAUUCUCCCCAAAGCCCCCCACCCGCCGUUACCGACCCCAAACCCCCCGAAUUCCCCCCAAAGCCCCCCAGAGCCCCGCUCCCGCCGUUACCGACCCCAAACCCCCCGAAUUCCCCCCAAAACCCGCUCCCGCGCGGUGCGCGAUGCUGCGGGCGCUGCUCCCGGCGCUGCUCGGGGCUCUGUGCCUCGGGGGGCUCCCGGGGGGGGUCCCGGGGCGGGCCGGGGGCUGCGUGCUGUGCGACCCCGCGGCGGGCGCGGCGCUGGGGGAGCUGCUCGGGCCCUUCCUGCAGCGGGCGAUGCCGCAGGAGCCCGCCGGGCGCGGCCGCCUCGGCACGCUGGUGCUGCGGGGCGUGCUGGGGCUGGCCCGGCUGCCCCGGGACCCCCGCAGCUUCAUGGGGGUCAUCGACCAGGCCACCCUGGACGAAGCCUCGGUCAAUUUCCGCCGGACGCUGGCCCGGGUGAUGGCCCAGGACAUCCGAGACAAGCAGAUCUACCAGGAGCUGCUCUGGGCCAUGCGCGAGAUCAAGGAGGACUUCGAGCGGCUCAUGAGGCGCUUCCAGAGCCAGGUUUAUUGCCCCAAUAAAUGCGGGCGGAUGGAGGUGCUGUGGAUCGAGUGCAUCUUCUGCAACCUCACCCACUUCGCCUGCAACAGGGGGGUGGACUGCGGGGAGCGGCAGCUGUGGGUGGAGGAGGGGCAGGACCUGGUGCUGGACUGCGCCCUGCCCUGGCACGGGGCGUCCCACGGCGCCAAGACCUACAGCUUCUACCGGGGCCUGGCAGCGGCCGGGGCGGGUCCGGAGCCCCCCGAGCCCCCUCCCCAAAGUCGGGGGGCGGCCGCGGAGCCCCCCUCGCGCCCCCCGCCCGCGGAGCGGCUCCUGCGGAGCGGCCCCGAGCCGGUGCUGGUGUGGAAGGAGGCGGCGGCGGCGGCGGGCGGGCGCUACCGGUGCCUGAUGCGGGGCCCCGCCGGGCAGGUGGGCUCGCAGCUCAGCUUCAACGUCACCGUUCUGCCCCGCCCGAGGGUCCCCGGCGAGGCCCCGCCCCCCCCCCGGGCCCCCCCCGGGGGGCUCCCCCCGGCCGCGAUCGCCGCUAUCGUCGUCACGACUAUCGCGACAGCGCUGGUGGCCGCGGGCAUCGCUUGGUUCUGCUUCCGGCGCGCGGAGCCCCGGGGGGAGCGGGACCCCCCCCCAAUAAAGGAGUCGUGACCCCC